AUGGAGACAGAAGUCCAAACCUCCCUCUUUUCUCAGGAAUACACCGUGCAAUAUAGGGCUGCUUUCUUGCUCAUUGCCUUAGCCAAAGGCUUCUGCCCACCUCCUUUCCCUCAUCCUCAACUGACCUGUGCUUUUCUCCUAGCAGCCUUCACCCACAAGUCAACAGUGCCACACAUUGAGCCACCUCUGACCACACACAAGACCACGGCCUCCACCUCCAUCAGCAGCACCUCCAAGACCUCUGUCUCCACAGGGACCAGCCCACCAAGCAGCACAGAACUCCCUCUGGCAACAUCAUCUCCAAAUCCCAGCUCUUCGCCUGCCCCCAGCAGCUCACUCAGCACCCGGCUGCCAUCCACUGCCUCAUCCACAUUCUCUUCUUUGGCCUCAACUGUCAGCACAAUGCCUACACCUACACCCCUCGCUACUUCCACAUUUAGGUCUGCUGAGAGUACUCCGUAUUCUUCUUUCCAAAACACCACAUUGUCUCCAUAUGGCAAAACAUCUUCACCAGCCAUUCCUACCAGUAUCUCUGCCAAAUCCACUCCACUGUUGGUCCCGACUGUUUUAUCUACAACAACGACAUUCACUCCCCUAGUGAUCACUACUGCUUCUACAGAGUCGAUUGAAAGAAGCACCUUGCGAACCACAACAUUAACCACUGCCCGCACAUCAUCAUCUCCUUCUUUCACCUCUCGACUUUCAACGUCCUUGUCUUCUAUUGUGCCAGUGACAGUUCCACAUGACCACUGUAGAGAAGUUGAAUAUGAAGAAAAAAUAACUUACAAAGGCUGUUCCGCAAAUGUCACUUUAAGCCGAUGUGAAGGAUCAUGUCCAUCUUCAACAAAGCUGAAUGUUGAGAACAUGAUGGUCACCACAGCAUGCGGCUGCUGUCGGCCACUUCAGCUUCUUAAGAAGGAACUCCAACUACCAUGCCAAGACCCAGAUGACCCUGGAAAAAGGCUCACUACAGACAUAACUGUAUUCAGUGGUUGUGUUUGUAACUUUGACAGUUGCGUACACUAGACCUGCAGUCAGGCUUCUGAGCAGCUGCCUGGACUAUCAGUGAACUUGAGAGAUAAAUUAUUCCUGAUCAGGAGGGUGGGGUGCAGAGAAGAAAGAAAGAAAGAAAGAAUGGGCAGUGUGAAGUUCGGGAAGGAAGACCAUGUCAGAGACUGGCCUUGUUCAGGGUGAUAUAUUUAACCAGAGGCUAAAAACUGGCCCAUGUACUGUACAGUAACAGAAAUGUGACUUUCAAAUAAAGUAGAAGGAAUU